AUGGGAAAUGCACAAUCUGGUAAUGUUGGUGUAGGUGGACCAAACUCACAGAGUCAACAACUAAAUAUUGGAGGUGCACCUGUUUCAUCUGGUACAUCGUCGAAACCAGGUCAACAAGAUCUCUACAAUCGUACUGGUUAUCAUGUUCUACAGGUACAACCAAACUCACCGGCAUGCGGUAGACUCGUACCAUUCUUUGACUUUAUUGUCGCUGCCAACCAAGUAGUCUUUGACAAAGAAGACUCUAGAUUCUCUGACACCUUUAAGGAAAACAUUGAAAAAGAAGUUCAUCUAAUUGUUUAUAAUAUAAAAUCUGAUACAACAAGAGAACAAGUUAUUGUACCAAGUAAUACAUGGGGAGGUAAUGGUUUGGCGGGUAUAAGCAUUAGAUAUUGCUCUUGGUCAAAGACAUUGGAGAAUGUAUGGCAUAUUCUGGAUGUCUAUUUGAAUUCACCUGCACACGAAGCCGGUCUACAGACGAGAACCGACUAUAUCGUUGGUACACCAGACUUGAUCAUGAACGAACAAGAAGACUUCUUUACGCUGAUCAACAACAAUAUGUAUCGACCGAUUCAGUUGUAUAUCUACAGUUCGUUGUCAGAGCAAGUACGUCUCGUCACCAUUACACCCAACAAGAAUUGGGGUGGUAGCGGUAGCUUGGGUUGUGACAUCGGCUAUGGAUUACUCCAUCGCAUACCAACCAAACAACUUAUGACAUCACAAAUGAUAACACCCUCAAUAGAUCAAUUGAAACCUAUGAUAAAUCAACAGCAAACAUCACAACAACAAGAAUCACCAUAUAAAUCAACAACAACAAACUCUGCUAAUAGUAACAAUAGCAACAACAACACUCAAACAAACUAUAUAGAUAAUCCAGUUGAACCAAUAGACAAUACACCAAUUAAAUUAAACUUUGAUCAAUUAGAAAUUACAGAAAACAACAACAAUAAUAAUACAAAUAACAAUAGUAAUAAUAAUAAUAAUAUAAAUAACAAUAUCAAUCUUGAAGAUGAACUUAAUAAACAACAACUACAACAAAUACCACUGGAAUAA